AUGGUGCAGACUUAUGUCUGGAACCCUUCGCUUCAAAAUGGCACUUCUGUUGCUAAGAAAAAUUCAAUCGGAUGUAAUAAUUCAGCUUCAAAUAGUUCAAGCAUGAGCGGCGAUGUCACUACCAUUCGUAUGGACGAAGGACUUUUGCAAAAUACUACUUAUAACAAGUCAUUGCUAAAUAAUCGAGAAUGUGUUGAGUCAUGUUUUCAAGCACCAUUUGUUUUGCAACCAUCUUUAUUUGUUCCGUCGAAUAAUUGGUUAUUGCAACCAGUAAAUAUCUCUGGAAAAUUAUUUUUUGAACCAGUCGGAAGUUUCUCUAUUGUUCAGUCUAUCAAUAAUCCUGUUCAAUUGUCGAACGCGUCUACCAUACCUACAGAAGCAGAGAAACCACUCGAUAAUUACCAAAAGCCGUCAUCGUUAUCGAAUGAAGAACUGUCAGCAGUAAUAAAGACUCGCCAAAGUUCAGCGAAUUCUACAGAAUCAUCGUCAGUGCGAAGAAGAAGCUGUUCAGUCUCCAAAAUCGUUGUUCGUUUAAAGCUUUUGCAGUUUUUAUUGGUUAUUAUUGGUUAUUGUUCAUUAUGUUCGAUGCAAAUGCGCAAAUUUAAGAGAAAUACUCCACCAAUGGAUGGUGACCCACCUUGGGUUUGUGGUAAUCCACAACCUCGAUGCGGUAUAAGAGGCACACGAUCGUGGCAAAUGGCUCAGUGUAACCCUGCGUUGCAUCCAGACAUAGCGACACAGCAAGUAAUUCUUCAAAUACUAACGACUGUAAAUUCACCAUGGAAAUCAACAGUGAGCAUGAAUUACAACAAUGAUAAUAAUUUAAUGGAUCCUGAUGAACAACAUAAAUAUGAUUUACUUAAACAAAUUCAAGAAAAUGAAAGAAGAAAAGAAGAGCAACGAAGAAAGGAAAUAGAAGAAGAUCGAAGAGAGGAAGCAAGGCAAGAUUUUGCCAGAUUUCUUUCAAUUAACUCGAAUCUCUUAUAA